CAGGGCCCGGUGGCGCUGCCCCCAUGUCCGGCUCCCUGAGCAAGAGGAUCGACUUGGCCAACGACAACAGCCGCCUGGGCAUGAGCCUGGCCCUGGCUGCGCCCGCGGGAGAGGGCCUGCCCCACAAGGGGCACUGCGGCUACGCCUCCUCGGAGCUCCACAGCGUCCUGGGCCUCCCGCCCCCUGCCGAGGAGCCCACCAACACCAAGUGGGUGAAGGACGGGCAGAACCAGCUGCGCCAGGCGGCCGAGAGGGGCCGCGACCAGAACCGCAAUGAACUGAGCCUCCCCCCCAGCAAGGAGCUGGACUCCCUCCUCAUCCCCCUGUCCCGCGAGGAAGACGGCGGAGAUGGAGAAGACGAGGAGGAGGAAGAGGAAGACGAGGAGGAGGAGGAAGACGAGGAGGAAGACGAGGAGGAGGAGGAGGACUCCACUCCAGUUCAGAGCGAGCCGGUCACGGAGUCGGAACAGAGCUCGGAGCGGCUGCUGCCCCGGGGGGAGCAGGGUCGCAGCGCUAGCCUCCUCUUUGGGAUGCGCAGCAGCGUGGCCAGCGACGAGGAUGCCAGCUGGACCACGCUCAGCCAGGGCAGCCCCACCGGCAGCUCCCCUGACGAAGCCGACUCCUUCUGGCUGUGCAACUCGCUGGACACGGACUCCGGCCUCCCGGCAGGAUGGAUGCGGGUUCAGGAUACGUCUGGCACCUACUACUGGCACAUCCCAACUGGCACCACCCAGUGGGAGCCCCCCCUGGGGAGCGGGAGCAGCGACUCUUCGGGAAACACCCCCUCCAGGGAAACGCAGCUUACCUGGAUGGAUUUUGGGCAGGAGGACUCCCAUUGCUGGAAGGAUGCCCCGUCAGAAGAGCUGGUCCCCGAGCCCCAGCGGGAGCAGAGCCAGUCCUCGCUCAGCCUGGGAUCUCCCAGCACCAGCUCUUCCCUGGGAGAGGACGGAGAUGUGGCUGCCCUCCCCCUCGGCCUCAGACAAGGCUCCAAGUGUUUCUCGGUCCGUUCUCUGGGCUGGGUGGAGAUGUCUGAGGAGGAGCUGACCGUGGGGAGGAGCAGUGUGGCCGUCAACAACUGCAUCCGGCAGCUCUCGGGGCAGAAUCCGGAUCUCACCAGCUACUGGGCAAAGGGCAAGGCGAUGCUGUUGGUCCUCGAGAAGGAGACCCUGAAGCUGCUGGAGCCGGAGGGGCAGACGGUGCUGCACACGCAGGACAUCUGCGACAUUCGCGUCUGGGGCGUGGGGAGGGACAGCGGGAGGGACUUUGCGUACGUGGCCCGUGACCAGCUGGCCCAGCUGCUGAAGUGCCACGUCUUCCAGUGCGAGACCCCUGCCAAGAGCAUUGCCACGGGGCUCCACGAGAUCUGCUCCAAGAUCAUGAGUGAGCGCCGCAGUGGCCGGGCCCCACCCAAUGGGCUGUCGCUGGAUCACUCCAAGUUGGUGGAGAUCCCUUUUCAAGUGGAGUUCCCAGCCCCCAAAAGUGAGCUGGUGCAGAAGUUCCAGGUCUCCUAUCUGGGCAGCGUCCCUGUGGCCAAACCUGUGGGAAUGGACGUCAUCAACGCUGCCCUUGAGAAGGCUCUGGCCGCUGACUGCAGAGAUGAGUGGACACCCAGCCAGGUCAACGUGGCGCCCGCCACCCUCACCCUUCUGCACCAGCAGACAGAGGCCGUGCUGUGCGAGUGCCGAGUGCGAUUCCUCUCCUUCAUGGGCAUCGGGAAAGACAUCCGGUCCUUUGCGUUCAUCAUGGCUGCUUCCCCCAGCAACUUCCUCUGCCACAUGGUGUGGUGUGAGCCCAACGCAGCUGGUCUGAGCGAGGCCGUCCAGGCAGCCUGCAUGCUCCGGUACCAGAAGUGCUUGGAUGCGCGGCCGCAGACCACCAGCUCCUGCCUCCCGGCGCCCCCUGCUGACUCUGUGGCUCGGCGCGUGGGCUCCACAGUCCGGAAGGGCGUCCAGACCUUGCUGGGGACCCUCAAGCCCAAGCGCCAGGGGGCUCAGACGCCAUGACCAGCCAGGGGUGGAGCCC